CGGGGAGGGCUGGGCUGCAGACACGUGACAGACGCCUCACGGAGGCGGCUUCAGAGAACCCGAAAAGCUGAAUGUCCGCCACCCAGGGGACCCCCGUCAGGGUUGGAGCUUCGGUCGUCCCCUACGGGCACAUCAUCGCAAGCGAGAAAUGGAGAGGAACCGAGCUUUCUCACCACUUACAGGGUAAAAUAACCCUGGUGUUUGAAGACGGUUUGGGACUGGUGGAUUUCCAUCUCUCCAGCAGAACCUGCGCGCUGUACGUAUCGGAAGCCGACAUCAUCGCCGGCAGCACCUUCAAAAGGAGAAUCGUGCGCUUUAGAGAAGCCUGUAACCUGAAAGGCAUAAUUAUCAUAGAGAAAACCCGACUCAGCGAUCAGUAUUACCCCCCCAUACAAAACUUUGUGGCGCUGGAACUGGGUAUGACGAUACUCCCCGUGACGGACCAGAGCGAAGCCGCGCAGCUCAUCGCACAUUUAGUUCAUGAGAGAAGCAAUGAACGGAGCAGCAAUCCUUUCUGCGGUGGAAGGCAGUUCCAAGCGAGCGAGGCGAAUAUCCUGCAGACCGUGCAGACCAUUCCGGGUGUCGGGAAAGUGAAAGCUCUGCAGCUUCUUCAGCGUUUCCCCAGCCUCCAACGUCUCAGCGCCGCGUCCGUCUCCCAGCUGGAGGCGAUAGUGGGGAGAAGCACCGCCAGCAGGAUCCAUGCGUUUUUCACCCAGACGUGACUCUCUGGAGUUUAAGAGACCAGGGGUUAUCGGGGGCGGGGAGGAAAAACGUUGAUCGUGAGUUUACGGUUGCAUUUAUCUCAACAUCUACGGUUCUCAUUCAUUGCACAGGACAGAGAACGCGUUAAUGUUUCUGCAAGAAAAUCUGAUUGAAUGUUCUGUUUUGUAACGCAGACGAGCCAAACACCGGGACGGACCUAAAAUACAAUUAUUUUUCAUAAUAAAGUUUAUUGAAAUGUGAAAAAAUACUAAUAAA